AUGGCGGGCAACCACAAUACACCCUCGAUCACUCGCCAUAGCUCCGACACCAUGGAGGAGACAGUAGAAAGACCGUUGGCUACAAUCUGCAUCCCAGACCAGGUGGACGCAGAAAAGCCUGCUGCUGUUGACGACGGAGAAUCAAACAAGGAUCCGAAAGAGAAAAGGAAAAAAGAAGAGAGAGAGGGGAGCCUGAAAGAUUACUUUCGCAUCUUCACGUAUGCUAGUACGGCGGAUCGCAUACUUUAUUCUCUCGGGCUCACAGGUGCCGUCGUCGUUGGUGCUGCUCUCCCUUUGAUGACUCUUGUUUUCGGCAAAUCAACCGCAGAAUUCAAUCAACAAGCAACAGGCCAGGACAGCUCGACCUUUACUAGUACCAUUAACAGCUUGGUACUCUACUUCUUGUACAUAUUCGCCGCCCGUUUCGUUAUUGGGUAUCUGGGUACUCUUUGCAUCUGUAUCGCCGCAGCUAGGACGACAUGCGCCUUGCGAGAGGACUUUCUUGACAAGUUGCUCCGUCAAGACGUGGCGCAUUUCGACAAGGACGGCAGUGGAUCUGCCGCAACUCAAGUAACUACAAAUGGCAACAGGAUCAACCAAGGCAUAGCGGAAAAGCUGUAUACCUGCGUCCAAGGCAUCUCACUCUUUUUCUCUGGUUUCAUUGUAGCACUCGCCGUUCAAUGGAAGCUUGCUCUGAUAGUGAUGAGCAUAAUACCUGCCAUCUUCCUAGUCACCGGGGUAUGCAUAGGCCUGGAUGUGCCUAUCGAAGCUAGAGUGACGAAAAUUUACUCACAAGCUGGUACUCUGGCGCAAGAUGCAAUCAGUUCGAUCAGAACUAUUCACGCCUUCGGAGCUCACCAGAAGAUUGUUGACGGCUACGAGACUUACCUGCAGAAUGCGCACAAGGAAGGUAACAAGAAGUCCGUCAUUUAUGGUGUACUCUUUUCCGGUCAAACUUUUCUGGUUAUGUCAGGUACUUCGCUGGCCUUCUGGCAAGGUUUUCGCAUGUUCCAAAGUGGGGAGAUCGGUGAUGUGGGCAAAGUCUUCACCGUCGUCCUGAGUGUUGUGCUCGGUGCUACUGCAACAUUACUCAUCUUCCCGCAGCUUCAAGCUUUCACCAACGCUUCGUCAGCGGCAGGCGAGUUGUUCUUUAUCAUCGACAGUCCAUUGACGCUCGAUCCGCUCUCGACCGAAGGUAUGCAGCCAUCCAGCUGUAACGGGGAAAUCAUUGUCGACGAUCUAAAUUUUGCGUACCCUGCCCGAUCGAGCGCCCAAGUUCUGCGGGGUCUGAGCCUCUCGAUUCCAGCUGGAAAGACAACGGCCCUAGUUGGACCUAGUGGGUGCGGUAAAUCGACCCUGGUCGGUCUACUCGAACGAUGGUAUCAGCCCACUUCCGGUCGAAUCCUGCUUGAUGGUCGAGAUGUUUCUGAAUACAACACAAAGUGGUUGCGGUCGAACAUCCGCCUCAUUCAGCAAGAGCCGACCUUGUUCCAAGGCACGAUCUUCGAGAAUAUCGUCAAGGGCCUGAUAGGAGAUCAAAAAGAUCUACCAGCGGAAAAGCAGAUGGAACUCGUGCAGGAAGCGUGUAAAAACAGCAAUGCGCAUGACUUCAUCGAGACGCUACCACAAGGCUAUCAUACCCAAGUCGGAGAGCGAGCAAGCAUGUUGAGCGGUGGUCAACGACAGCGCAUUGCCAUCGCUCGCAGUAUCAUUUCGAACCCUAAGAUCUUGUUAUUUGACGAAGCGACCAGUGCCUUAGACCCUCGCGCUGAAAAGGUUGUGCAGAGCGCACUCAACCGCGUUUCGAUCAACAAGACCACGUUGGUUAUCGCUCAUAAACUUGCUACUGUGAUGGCGGCAGACAACAUUAUCGUCAUGAAAGAUGGUCAGAUCUACGAGCAGGGAACACACCAUGAACUCGUCGAGAGCGAUGGUCUCUAUGCGGCAAUGGUGCGCGCCCAAGAUCUUGGUACGAAGGUCAACGAUGAAGACGUUCAAAGAGAGUUGCUCGAAACAGAGGGUGUCGAAGACAGCCUACAUCGCAAAGCCACCUUGCAGCGAACGCAAUCACAGUACAACACGAUAGAGCUCGAGCGCGAAGUCGAGCAACUUGCAGCUGGAACUCUGGGUUACUCUCUCAUCAAGUGCAUUUGGAUCAUGCUGAAAGAGAACGUUGAUCUUUACUACUGGUAUGCCGCCACGAUUGUUGGGGGAAUCAUCGGCGGUGGUACCUACCCAGCACAAGCUAUCAUCUUCUCCCAUCUCGUUCGAGUGUUCACACUGCAAGGAUCUGAAGCACAAGAGCAAGCAAACUUCUGGGCGCUCAUGUUCUUCGUGCUGGCUCUCGCUAAUCUCUUCGCAUACUUCACCAUUGGUCUUGCAUGCAACAGCAUUGGACAGACUUUGACUCACCGAUAUCGCAGAGAGAUGAUCGAGCGCAUUGUCAGUUUCGAUCAGGACUUUUUUGAUCGCCCAGAGAACUCGUCUGGUGCAUUAACCUCAAAGCUAUCAUCUGCGCCUACAGCGCUGCAAGAAUUGAUGUCUGCGAAUCUAGGUCUCAUGUUCAACAUCUUGGUCAACAUCACUGCCAGCAGUGCGCUUGGAAUAGCUUAUGGCUGGAAGCUUGGACUCACACUGGUAUUCGGCGGACUGACCAUCAUUGUAGCUGCCGGCUACUAUCGCAUACGAAUCGACCAGAAGCUCGAGGCCGCUACAGAAGAACAAUUUUCCGGCAGUGCCGGCCUGGCAACAGAGGCUGUCACAUCCAUUCGAACGGUCAGCAUGCUAACUCUCGAAACCUCAAUCAUGCGCCAAUAUAGCGACACACUCCAGGCUAUCACAGGAAAAGUUAUUAAGAGCCUAGUCUUCGCGCUUAUCCCGUACGCGCUCUCCCAAUCAGCCGACUUUCUAGUCAUGGCUCUAGGCUUCUGGUACGGAUCGCGGCUGAUCGCGAGAGGCGAGUACGAUACAUCGCAGUUCUUCGUAAUCUUUAUUGCCAUUGUCUUUGGUGGGCAGGGUGUGGCGCAGUUCUUCAUGUACAGCACCUCCAUCACAAAGGCGAAAGGGGCCGCGAACUACAUCUUAUGGCUGCGGACUGUCAAGCCUAACAUCCGCGAAUCAGACGAGACCAAAGGCAAAGGGCCAUCAACGGACGGAGCCAUUGCCAUGGAAGGCGUUGAGUUCAGAUAUAAGCAGCGUAACGCGUCCAGGGUGUUGAGAGGUAUCUCCAUGAAGAUUAAGCCUGGCAUAUUUGCCGCCUUCGUUGGCCCCUCAGGCUGUGGCAAGAGUACGGUUGUUUCUCUGCUGCUCCGGUUUUACGACCCGAUAUCUGGACGCAUCACGUUAGAUGACCAGGACAUCUCGCUCAUGUCUCCCCAUCUUUAUCGCCGUUACAUGUCGCUCGUCCAACAGGAGCCACCACUCUACCUUGGCUCAGUGCGCGAGAACAUUGCCCUCGGUCUCGAGCAUGAGCCUUCUGAUGCAGAAAUCCAGGAAGCCUGUCGCCAAGCCAACGUUCUGGAGUUUGUUGCUUCGUUACCUGAAGGUCUCCAAACCCCUUGUGGAUCCAAGGGCUUGCAGUUCUCUGGCGGACAAAGGCAGCGCAUUGCGAUUGCUAGAGCGUUGAUUCGCCAGCCACAACUGUUGUUGUUGGACGAAGCAACGUCGGCUUUGGACACUCAGAGCGAAAGGGUCGUUCAGCAGGCGCUAGAUGAGGCUGCGAUGACGAGGACAACCAUUGCUGUUGCGCAUAGGCUAAGCACAAUUCGACAUGCAGACAUUAUCUUCGUCAUGGAAGAUGGCACGAUCGCUGAGAUGGGUACCCACGAGGAACUGCAAAGAUUGAGAGGCAGAUAUUUCGCCACGUGUUUGGCGCAGUCGCUUGACCAGGCAUGA